CGGGGGCGGCCGGGACCUCGGCCUCCAGCCCCGCGGGCUCCCGGGAGAGCGGCGCCGACAGCGAUGGGCAGCCCGGGCCCGGCGAGACGGACCACUGCCGCCGCAUCCUGGUGCGAGACGCCAAGGGGACCAUUCGGGAAAUUGUCCUGCCCAGAGGUCUGGACCUGGACCGGCCCAAGCGGACACGCACAUCCUUCACGGCUGAGCAGCUGUACCGCCUGGAGAUGGAGUUCCAGCGCUGCCAGUACGUGGUGGGCCGCGAGCGCACUGAGCUGGCCCGUCAGCUGAACCUCUCCGAGACCCAGGUGAAGGUCUGGUUCCAGAACCGCCGCACCAAGCAGAAGAAAGACCAGAGCAGAGACCUGGAGAAGCGGGCGUCCUCCUCGGCCUCCGAGGCCUUUGCCACCUCCAACAUCCUGCGGCUGCUGGAGCAGGGCCGGCUGCUCUCCGUGCCCAGGGCCCCCAGCCUCCUGGCACUGACUCCCGGUCUGCCGAGCCUACCUGCUAGCCACAGGGGCACCUCCUUGGGUGGCCCCCGGAACUCUUCCCCGCGCCUCAACCCGCUGCCCUCGGCCUCGGCAUCCCCCCCGCUGCUGCCCCCUCUGCCAGCUGUCUGCUUUUCCUCGGCCCCUCUCCUGGACCUACCUGCCAGCUACGAACUGGGCUCCUCGGCCUUCGAGCCUUACAGCUGGCUAGAACGGAAAGUAGGCAGCCCGGGCAGCAGCAAGAAAGCUAACACUUAAGACUCCCGCCCUCCGUGUGACACUGAGUCCCAAGCACAGCACCUUCCCAGCCUCCUGUGCCCCAGUGGACUGCACUGAGCGGGUCGGGAGCGGAGGGGCGGCCACCACAUGCCACCCCCACCUGCUCCUCGGCUCAGAGACUUGUGACCAAACGGCCUUGGUCCCGCAGCUUGUGUGUGUGCGUGCAGUGUGCGUGUGUGUGUCUCUCACUGAAAUAAACAGAAAGCGAUGACGAGAAGGGAAA